AUGACAGAGGAACGCGACGAGACUAAGAUUUCUCCGAGCGACUCCGUUGCAGCGAACGAUGCUUCUCGGACGAGGCAAAGGAGAAAGAGAAAGUGGGAUCAGCCUGCGGAGCAGCUUGUUGCAGCUGGAAUUGCACUUCCUCAGUUACUACCUUUAAGCAAUACUAUGAAUGCUUCCUCAACUGUGUCGCCAUUGUUCCAAACACUUUCUGUGCCUCAACAAAUUGCGUCAGUUCCAAAAGUUAAUCAGCCUAAGAUCCAGGAUGAGCUGAUCAUAGCGCGAGAGAUUGUUAUCAACGAUGCCGAGGCUUCUCUUAGGCACAAGCUUACUAAACGCUCAACUCAAGAAGAAAUUCAGAGGUCUACUGGUGCUGUGGUGAUUACUAGGGGCAAGUAUCGUCCUCCAAAUGCACCUCCUGAUGGUGAAAAGCCAUUAUAUCUUCAUAUAUCUGCUGCUGCCCAUUUAAAAGAGACUGCAGAACGUAUUUUAGCGGUUGAUCGUGCUGCAGCUAUGAUUGAAGAGAUGAUGAAACAGAAAUCAAACUCGCAGGUUGGGCUGGUUGGUUUUCAGACGGUCAAGAUGCUGAGCACAUGCGUGUAUUUGGGGUUUGAAGCUCUCCCAUCUUCCAAUGUUGCUGCUCGUAUUCGUGGGCCUAAUGAUCAGUAUAUAAAUCACAUUAUGAAUGAAACAGGAGCAACCGUUGUACUAAGAGGGCGUGGUUCAGGGAGCCUUGAGAACCAACAUGGGGAAGAAGCACAGGAACCAUUGCAUCUAUUAUUGUCUAGCAGCAACCCAAAGAGCAUUGACGAUGCAAAACGUUUAGCUGAGAAUCUGAUGGAUACAAUCAGUGUAGAAUUCGGGGCUUCAAGGGUUUCCUCAAGCAAGGUGUAUGGUGCAGUACCACCACCACAGCAACUGCUUUCUGGAGCUCUUGGUUCUGAAAACGUAUCACCACCAAACGCUGUCAUUCCAUUUCCAGUUCCUCCAGCAACAACACUUUAUCCUCAGUUUCCAGUAUUGCAGCCUCCAGGGAUAUCAAAUGGUGGACACUUGCCACCAAUUCCAGUCAGUUACUUGCAGCCCGUGGCUGGGGGAACUAGCUAUAGUGGGUAUGCCGGAAUAUACCCUCAAGCCACUCCACUGCAACAAGUUGCUCAGGUCCUUAGGCAAUCAAUCUCUCCUGCUAUCUCCACUCUGCCCCCUACUGUGUUGACAGCUACGUCCUUACCAAAGACAAGUGAUAUUUCAAGCCACGAAAAGGAAAGGCAUCCACCCCGAAAGCGAAAGUUUCAGGAGCUACCGGCUGAUUGUAAAGUCCCACCAAAUGCCAAACAGCAGUUGGAGUUCGCAACGGCAGGUGAAGUUGCUCCAAAGAAUGUAGUUGAGCCAUCGGCAAAUAAAGUUGGGUCGCCACCUUCACCAAGAUCUAUGAUGCCUCCUCCUUCACCAAAGACCAUACCACCUCCGCCUUCUAAGACUGUGUCUCCUCUAUCAUCAAGAAGCAUGCUUCCUCCACCACCGCGUACACCCUCAACACGACCUCCAAGAUCACAGGAAGACCACAUCACUGUAAAGAAACCAAAUCCAGUUCCAGAUACUUUGAUAAAGCUGAUGGAGUAUGGAGAUGAUGAAGAAGAUGAUGAUGAUGAUCCUGAUGAGACAUUGAUAGUCAGAUCAUGA